CUUUAGACUGACCGCAAGCACUUUGAAUCCUUUGGGGGGCAAAACGAAAGACUACGAGUGAAGCGAACGCGGGCACAAGAAAAUCCUAGCACACAGAGUGGAAAGUAAUCGGAAGCUUCAAAAGGAUGGCGCUUUCUGGGGACUUGAGGAUCUCUGCAACACUGGGCUCCUGCCCUAUGUACCCCCUUCGAAGCUUUUUGCGUCCUUCAAAGAUAAUUCGCAUGCGCGCGUAAGCUUAUGAUUUAUGCAGCUUGGGGUGGUACUGAUAUCUGAAAGGAAAGGUAGAGUUCUCUGGUUUCCUGAAUGGAGGAUCAAGCAUGGCUGAAGUCAUACCCAAAUGGCCUAGCAUGUCACUUGAUAACUGCAAUAUGCGUGGUCGUCCCAAGCACAUUUCUGGUGUCACUGGAGAUAAUAAGCUGUCUCUGAAAUCCAUCAGUCAAGAAUCUGAGAGCUUCCUCCUUGAUGCCAUUAACCUGAGCUUUUUCGAACGUUUAAACUUGGCUUGGAAGAUAAUGUUCCCAUCACCAGCAUCUAGAAACAGCUCUAAUGCUAGGAUUGCCAAGCAGCGCUUGAAGAUGAUUCUCUUCUCUGACCGAUGUGAAGUGAGUGAUGAGGCAAAAAGGAAGAUUGUCAACAAUAUUGUGCGGGCUUUAUCAGAUUUCGUGGAGAUAGAAUCGCAGGAUAAAGUUAAUCUGAGUGUCUCUGCCGAUUCAGACCUUGGAACCAUUUAUUCCGUCACCGUGCCUGUACGGCGGGUGAAACCCGAGUAUCAAGAUCUGGAUGAGGCUGGAGCAAUAACAAAUAUCGAGUACAAGGAUACUGGAGAGAGUUCAGGUUCUGUUGAUGUUAGAUUUGAUUUCUUCAUUCCAGAUUAAAGGUCCUAUUUGGAUGCGUAGCCACCGGCCAGCGAGCCAACUUUAACUUUUGUAAAUAUAUCCGAUGUACCUUAAGAGAUUGAGUUUUGCUGCUUUUCAAUUUGUACUUGUAGUUAAUUUGAUGUUUUGGCUUGAGGACUCUAUUGCGUACAGAUAUCUCUCUGUUCAUCGUAAGUUCGCGUUGGUUCUUUGUCAGGGGUGUGUGCAUGCAUGUAUUUGCUUGUCACAAUUACGUUAGAUCAACUAUAAAACCGUUGAGAU